GGCGCUGCGGGCAUGGAGAGCGAGCUGGAGGCGCUGGCUGCGGGGCAGCCGUUCCAGGCGCUCGUGGAGGCGGCGGGCGGCCGCGGACAGGUGCUGCUGGUGGGCGAGCUGUGGGAGCGCGAGCCGAGCCGGGCGCUGCUGCGGGACUUCGCGCGGGCGGUGUUCCCCGCCGAGCCGGGCGCGGGCAAGCCGGUUGGCGCGGCGGCCGAGGGCGCGGGCCCCGGGGCGCGGGGGGCUCCGGGCGUGCAGGGGGCCGCGCGCGCCAUCCGCGCCCCGCUGGUCUUCGUGCUGUGCCGCGCCGCCUCGCUGGGCGCCCCGGGGCCGCGCCGCUGCCUGCGGGAGAUGCUGCGGGACGUGCGCGGGCGGCGGCGGGCCGGCGCGGCGCUGGUUGGGGUGCUGGUGGCAGAGGCGGGCGCAGACGACGAGGUGACGGCCAGCUUGUGGUUGCUGGAGGCGCUGCUGCGCGCGGUGUUCGGCCGCCAGGCAGGUGGCCCGGUGCAGGCGGCCGCCUACCGCCCCGACCAGCCCGCCUCCAGCCUCGCGGUCCAGGCGGCCGCCUGCCGGGCCCUGCAAGCCGCGGAGCCUGCACGACCAGGAGGAGCCUGGGAAAGGCGGGGCUUGCCCACCCUGCUGGCCUGCUUCUCCUGGGGCUCAUGGAGCCGGAGAAAGGAUCAGGACACCACCUUGCCCCGUGGCCCAGCUCAGGAUAACUUCCAGGACCCCGAGGAGGAGCUGGCCCUCACAGCCAUAAUGCCCAAUGGAGACUGUGAGGGUUCUGGAAAGCAAGCCUGUGAUGGACUGGACUGUAGUUCCCCAGAGCCUGCUAGGGACUCAAGAUGAAAGCCACCACCACCACCACCACCACCACCCCCCCCAGCUGUGCUGGCUCUACUACCCAGGAGGCUGGGGGCUGGCUCCUGCUCACUGAACCCCCAACUCUAAGGCCUUCACGUUGACUCUGGGUCCGUGAUAAGGACACAGGCCCUGGCUUCCAGUGCAGGAAGCUGUCACAUGGGCAAAGGACUUUGCUGAGUUCAACAGGACCCAAGCAAUUAUAUCCCUGGGAGCCUGGCUGCCACCUUAAGUUUGCUCAUUCUCAGAUCCUGCGAAGUUGCUCUGUCUCAGUUUCCCCAUGCAAUCGACUCAGCUCACUGUCCACCCUGUGGAUCUGCAGUGCUACAACAUGACCAAGUGUGCUUGCACUAGCAGAGAGAACUCUGGGCCAGAAGUCAGCUGGUCUGGGUGGGCAGGUAACCUUAGACAAGCCACUCAUCCUUUGGGGCAGCCAGGCCAGCAGCUGUCCAGCAGGGGCCCAGCUGACAUCAGUGGGCAUGUCACAGUGCAUAGAACAGUCUCUAGCAAGCACAGAACCACACCACUCAGAAUGACCAUCCUGGGCUGUCUGGGCAACAUGUAUGAGCCAAUCCCUUCCACCUCUGAAGUGCUGGGAAGAGACCUCCAGAGCAGAGAGGGUGGCUUCCCAGGGACUGUGGCCACCAGAAGAGAGACUGCACUGCCCAGGGGGCUUGCUGGGACAGGGCCAAUGCAGGAGCUAUAGGCCCAGGACAAAAGCGGCCUUGCACACCUCUUUGGGAAGCAAGACCCUUAUGUUUGCGCUGAAUUUCAGACACUGUGGAUUUCAGACCUUCUGCCAAGGUCAAAGCAAGCCCCACCCAGAGAUGCUAAGGCCCUGAAACCUUUCUUCUGUGUCUCUGAGCCAUCCAGGGUCAGUGAUGUCCCCUCACAAGCCAGCAAGGCCAUCUUUCCAGGGAACUCUGCACCACCUCCCAGUGUCCCUGGUUGGUAGCUAGAGAAAUGCAAAGUCUUUGGGAAGGUGAAGGGCAGUUCCCAGUGCCCUGGCAGGAAGCCUUCACUCACCUGUGCCUGGUCUGCUCGGCAGACAUAUGAUGGUGUCUGGUCUCUACACUCUGCCAGCUGCUGUGAAAUAUGUGGUUCCUUCAGCUCUCUGAUGGUGCCAACACAUGGGCUGACACACCUGUGCCCAGGGGCUCUACAUAGGACUCUGUCCUAUGCCUCAGUCUCUACUCACCCAUUCCCUUCCCAGGCAAACAGGGUUGGUGCGGGACAGGAAGGAGUCCAUCUUACCGGGGGUUGGCUGGUGACAGCUGUCCUUUCAAUAAUGCAAGAUGGCCUCACCCAUAGCCAUCACCUGCUGACUUGCACAAGAGCAGGCUUGGUAAAUGACCUUUGAUUUUACUUUCACAUGGGAGAAGGCUGCUAUUUUUGAAGCUGCUAGAUAUUUAUAUUGCCCUGUUACUUUCUUUGUAAUAAUUAGGUUUUAGCUCUGUCCUUUGGUGCAGGAAAGAAAGUCUUUUUAAGAUAAGGACUUUGUCUAAGGCAAUAGUCACAAGGCAAGAACCUGAGCCAAGUUUAAAUAUCUUUUAAGUUUGUUGCCAAUACUUAAACCUUAGGAGAUAGUACUUUAAAAAAAAUCCAGGGGGGUCAGGCAGUGGCACAGUGGGUUAAGCGCAUGUGGUGCAAAGCGCAGGGACCCAUGUAAGGAUCCCAGUUCGAGCCCCCCAGCUCCCCACCUGCAGGGGAGUCGCUUCACAGGUGAUGAAGCAGGUCUGCAGGUGUCUAUCUUUCUCUCCCCCCUCUGUCUUCCCUUCCUCUCUCCAUUUCUCUUUGUCCUAUCCAACAACAAACAACAUCAACAAUGGCAAUAAUAAUAACCACAACGAGGCUACAACAACAAGGGCAACAAAAAGUGGGGGGGAGGGGGGGAAUGGCCUCCAGGAGCGGUGGAUUCAUGGUGCAGGCACUGAGCCCAGCAAUAACCCUGGAGGGGAAAAAAAAAAUCCAGCGAGGCCAGAAGAGAGUUCACCCAGUGCGAGAACCUGGGUUUGAGUCCCCAGCACCACAUAGUAAUACCAUGCACAGUACCAGAGGAAGCUCCAUGAAUGGUGGAGUGGUGCUGUGGUGUCUGUCUUUUCCUUCUCUCUCUGAAAUUGAAAGAAAGAAAAAAAGCUGAUUUUCUGAGCAGACGAUGGAGCAUACUGUCAUCUCCAGUUUGUGAAAUCCCUGUACCCCUAAGUACCUCUUCCUCCCCCCACACCCCACCUGCACUUGGGUUUGCACUCUCCCUCGUCAAGGGGUCUUACACACCUGAAUUCAGUGUUCCUUGUGAGUUGUUGAAGAGAGAAGGUCUCCUUAUUGAGAGUUGAGUUCUGACACCCAGCUGAUAAACACAGGGUCGAGAACCUCCUGGAUCCCUCUCAGCUUGCUUGAGCCUCGAGACAGAGCUAAGCUCCCUCCUGGGCACAGCCUUGUUGUUUUCCAGCAUAAGGAAGAGUUAGGGCUGGGAAGGAGGCAGGUUUCUUCCCUAAGGGCUCCAAUAAGAAAUGAAGAUGUGUGGGUCCCUGUCUGGGGUCAGUGGCCCCUGAGCCCUCAGUGAGGGGCUGCAGCAGGUGCAGGCUGGGCAGGGGGUCCUCAUCUUUGCAGGAGGGCAGUGGUUGUGCUGCUUCUAACAUAACUUGAAUAUCCUUCUGUCGAAUAAAGCCAAACAACCUCG